GUUGUUCUGAGUACUGAUAUAAGUAGGACAGGUAACAUCCUAGCAAAUUUGAGAAAAAAACACUAUUGGAGUUUAUCAAACGGAUCAAUCACUCGCCACCAGCAUUUUCUAUUGAACUGUGAUCGUGUCUGCUGCAAACAUGGAGACCAUAUGGCCCUUCCCCUGUUCACCCUCCUGCUGACUGCCCUCCCUGUGGUCCACUGCCUCCCCACUGCCUUCCAGGACCUGGAGCAAAGCAGUAAGAACCAAACGUCCAUCCGGUUCCUGGCUCUGGGGGACUGGGGCGGGGUGCCCUACCCUCCCUACAUCACACCGGUGGAGAAGGCUACAGCCUGGGAGAUGGGCAAGAUAGCAGAGCAGAUGGGCGCAGACUUUGUUCUUGCCCUGGGUGAUAACUUCUACUACUCUGGAGUGAACAGUGCAGAUUCCCCAAGAUUCCAGGAUACCUUUGAGCACGUGUACACGGCUGACUCUCUCAACAUUCCCUGGUACAUCCUGGCUGGAAACCACGACCAUGCGGGCAACGUCAAGGCUCAGAUCGACUACAGCCGCAAGUCUGACAGAUGGCGGUUCCCUCACUACUACUACGAGCUGAACUUCCGUAUCCCCAACACCAAGCGCACUCUGAGCAUCAUGAUGCUGGAUACAGUGAUGCUGUGUGGUAACUCUGACGACUACGAUGAUGAGAAGCCUCGCGGACCCCUCAGCACCAUUGAGGCCAACCGACAGCUGACCUGGCUGCAAAAGAGGAUGACCCAGUCCAAGGCUGACUUCCUGCUUGUGGCUGGUCACUACCCGGUGUGGUCAGUGUCCGAGCACGGCCCCACAGAGUGCCUCCUGAAGAGACUACGCCCCCUUCUGGUCAAGCACAAGGCCACUGCAUACUUCUGUGGUCACGAUCACAACCUGCAGUACCUGAAGGAGUCUGGUGUGGGCUAUGUUGUGAGCGGUGCCGGUAACUUCCUGGACCCAGACACGCGUCACUGGCACCAUGUCCCCAAAGACACCCUCAAGUUUUUUACAGGCCAGGCCUCUACCCUGGGAGGCUUUGUCCACGGAGAGGUAACCAAGAACAAGAUGACCCUCACCUUCAUCCAGGCUAAAGGGACGUCUCUGUACCGCACUGUCUUGCCACGCAGGGACAUCGACGAUGACCAAAAUGGCAGCGACGACAAGGAUUAGCCCUAGUGGAAGAGAUGACGAAAUAGACGGUCACAAUUGACCUGUGUAUAUAUAUAUAUGACCGAGCCCUUAAAUUAAGGACCUCAUUGAUUUAUUUUACAAUACUUCUACUUUAGCAGUUCAAUUCUGUCAAAUUACAAUGUACUCAGAUGUAGUCCUUCGUAAGGGCUAGAUAUUGACCAUGUACAAUAGGAUGGAUGGCUGAGGUGUGGAUACAGACUGGCAGGUAUUAUAGCUCAUGUUUGGUGGAUGGAUGAGUUCAGGUUGAGUUUUAGGAAAACAACUUUGGCAUUGAGUUUGCCUGAAUGUAGCAUGAAGGAGAAUAAUAUUUUUUAAUAAAUAAGGAAAGGAUGUUGUACGAUUUGUUUCUUUUGUUGUGUUCAUUUAAAGAAUAAAUAACCUUUUUGGA